CGGGGAUCGGCUCACCGCGGGUGUCGUUGCCCAAAGCAUCCACCAAUUCCUCACAACCGUACCAUUCCGUAGCCUUUUUGGCUCCAGUUUGAUUCUGCUAACGGUGGGAACACAUUCUAUCAACCCGACGGGUAUUCCCCCCUGCCACCGUUUCCGUCUGCUGCCAUGGGCGGUGGUGCCUCUACUGCGAAAGGUGUGAAAGCCGCGGUCGAUGCAGCGACGAAAGCUGAGUUGACCCAGGCCACCGCCGAACUCAGCAAGAGCCAGAAGAAGAAGCUCAUGGAGGCAGUGGGGGGCAGGAGCAUUCCCCUCAGCCCCGUCGUCUACCUCACGUCGACCGGCUUCGUGACGGAGACCCAGUGGGCGCGCUUCAUUCAGGUCGUUCUCCAGAGGCGCGGCGUUCUUGACCGAGAGGACGCGGGCCCUGGAGUGACCCGGGAGGGGUUGGCGAAGAAGUACGCCAGCGAGAUCCAGAAGCUUAAGGUGUUGUAUAUCAAUGAUGCCUCGUACCACCGCCCGCCUGAGAACAUGGCUAAGGGUCGCAUGGGGGAUGGCAAGGUGGGCGAGAACGGAUUCCUGGGGCGCGGGGAGGGCACAUGGUUCUGGUGGGACCAGGGCCUGGAGGACAAGAUGGGUGUGCCGCAGAGCAACAUCCAGAUGAUCCAGCUCCUGGAGAAGCCCUGGCUCUUCAACCGGCCCGGCCGCCUGGCCAACUGCGAAGCUUCAAGCCCCAACGUAGCCGAGCUCGACCCUGAGGACGAGAAAGCGUACUUCGCAGCGCUCCAGUUGACCCAGGACGCGUACAAUGCGCUGAAGGAGACCCCGCCCAAGGAGGGUGCAGGCCAGGCGGGCGGAUCACUCCCAGGCUGCCCGUCCUCAGGGAAAAAUUGUGCCGAUGAGCUGGCUGAGAUUUCCACCAGGCUGAACGAGAAGUACGCUGCCGCACUCGACAAGUGGUGCACUGAAAACAUCGAUACGGCUGACAUCAUCGUCGGGCAGGGUGGGGAAGUCGUGAUGCUCAACAUGGCGUGGCAGUGCAACCAGGCGGUUGCGUCGCGCCUCGUGAACGCGGUGCGCGCAAACGGACCUGUGUAUGCUGGCCUCAGUGCGAGCACGAUGGUCGCUGCCAAGUCGAUGGAGAUGACGGGCGAGAUCCAACCAGGUUGGAUUGAGGCCUUCGCGGCUGAUAAGAAGUACCUGAGCAAAGCCCAAUUCGAUGUGAACGACCUCGACGGGGAUGGCAUCAAGGCCAAUGUGCUUGGGGCGUUGCCGCUGCUCGAGGCGCCCAUAGCGAUGCGUCCGCAUUACACGCCAGCUUGGGAGGCACAGGUGCUGGAGAAAAAUCUCCUCGCAGAGAAGGAGUUCGAGCAAGAGACGGGCAUCGAAAUCGAUGACGACCUGGUGCGCGACUCUAACUCUGGUUGCGAGGUGGGCUGCGAGCUCCUCUCCAUGAUCUCGAAGAAGAACAAGGACCAAGACCGACCAGUCUUCGUCCCGAUUCGUAAUGGCAAGGUCAUCGAGGUCAACAUUCACGUCCAGCAGGGGAAGGUCAAGUACGAAUAUUUCCACGUCAUCGAUUGAGAACGGGGCUGUGCGCCUCGUCGGCAUGCUGGUGGAUUCCCAGCCAAGAGGGCAGGGAACCGCAUCGUAGUAUUUUCAAUUGCCGAGGCCAGUUUUUGGAGCCGCGCACUGUUCCUUCAAAUCUGCGUCCCUUCGCCUGCUGCUGCGUUUGCAGCUGCAGUGUUGAGGUUGUCUGCAGCAAUUCUGAUGACCAUCGACUUCUUGAAGUGUGGCUAUAUUUCCAAGCGGCCCUUGGGAAUGUCGGUUGCACUGGCCGAGUCAUGUUGCCAUCGCUCGUUCCGAGGUGUCGUUCUUUGUGCCAGGGGCUUCUGCAAACACAUCUUCACAACCGUACCAUAGAAGUCCAUCUGCUGCAUUAGCUGCUGUACACACCUGGCACUCUGGGAUCAUGUCGCAACUUUUCUCUGCAAGGAAGGUGGGCUGAUGGACCACAUCGCCCUAAACCUUCAAACGGGCCUCAGCCUCCCUGUGGUCCCCGAUGGCCACGAAUGCCGCUCCGCGGCGUUUUGUGCCAAGUAACUUCAGUGCAGCCCGAUGAGUUCAUGCGUGAUCGUAGCCUGCGGUGUUGCCAGCGCUGUAUGCCCUUGGUGAGAGCCUGCUUUAUGUCGAACGGGACGGUAGCGAGCAGCGAGUGAUGAACCCCCGUGUCAGAGAUGAACGUGUGUGCCUGUUCCCACAGCCCAUCCAAUUCGCCACAAGGAUAUCCAACAGGCCAACAACAUGGGCCCUCUAACUUGCUGCCAUGUAGGGUUGUCGCCCAUCAUGAGGCUGAGCGCAAUCCAGGCCCUCAGGGUCCUAGCCAAGCUGAACCUCCCAUCCCAAAUCCAACUCGCAAGUUUGACUGCCG